AUGCCUCGUGAUAAUUCUACUAAACGUCCACGUAGGAUCGUUCAACAAAAACUCACGGAAAUUCUAAACACUUCAAAAAGAGACGAUUCUCAACCAUUUAAGAAGAAGCCUGAAGAAGAAGUAAUAGAAAGUGGAGCUCGGUCUAUAUUGACUUUUCAUGAAGAAGAUUUAACGCCAAUUGAUAAAAUGCUUCGUUCAUUUGAUUUGAAUUAUAAAUAUGGUCCAUGCGUUGGAGUUAAAAGAUUAGAUCGUUGGGAAAGAGCUUAUCGAUUAGGAAUGAAUCCACCAAUUGAUGUUAAAGUUGCUAUUAUAAAUAGUAAUGAUCAAUUGAUUAAUGAAAGUAUUUUUCAUGGUCGCCUAUAA